UCUCGGCUGGUUGGGCGCAGGGCUCCAGGAUCCAUCCAUCUGCCCCCCAUAGACAGUAUGAGCUCAAAUAGCAGCAGUAGGCGGCAGCAGAUGCACGAUAAAGAUGGUGACACUGCUGUUGUCAUGAGGCUUCCUGACUCACUGGAGGUCGAUCAUCAGAGUUCUGGAACCGUAGAGAAACUUAAAAGGAAGAGAAGUCAGAAACAUGAGGAAGCUCUGAAGCAGCUGAAGUCUGAGCUGAGCCAUCUGUCCCAGGAGUGUGAAUUGGAGGUGAGGACCAUAAGUAAGCAGGUGCUGUCCUCUCUACGAGAGGCGGACUUCAGACUGGACACCCUGAAGGACAGAAUUGGACAUCAGACGCCAAUCAGCCUGCAGGUCUUACAUUGUCUCUGGGAGGAAGUGGAAGAGGAGGUGAGGCAGAAGAAGAUCCAGAUCUCAGAACUGGACCAGAAGCUGAGCAAAUGUGAAAAAAGCAGAAGGGAGAAGCUCAAGGUUAUCCUGAAAAAAUACUGCCACCUGCUGGAGCUGAUCAGCUUCCUGUCUCCACCUGAUGUCCACAGACUGAUCCAUGAUGAGGCCACGGCGUUGAAUCAUGCUCUGCUGGCCAACCAGUGCAGCAUUGCUUGCCUGAUUAUGCUGCUGAAGCAGGAAAACCUUCAACAGCAGGCUCUCAUCCGUCGGCACUGGGAGGACCGUCUGGAUCAAUGGCGGAACAACAAAGUAGAAGAGGUGGUGCAGCAGUUAAGGAGUCUCUGUAGCAGCGGCAAGAAUAAAGAACAGGAGCUGCUCUUGGAUCAGCAGAUGAAACAAACCAAACAAGAUCUGAUAAAACAGCGCUGUGACAUCAUCUAUAAGAUCUGCUCUCUGGUCCCCCCCACCUGCUCCUCGGCUCUGGUUUCUGAUUGGUUUGAUGAAUUGAACACUGUUAAUCAGCUGAUUGAUCGUCUUCAUGCUGACUUCAUCCAUCAGCUACGAGGUUUUUAUCAGCACACAUGGCAGCAUCGCCUGGCUGAGGUGGAGCGCUGCAAGGAGGCACUAUCAGCUCUCCAGCUAUCAGACCAGCAGAUGAAGGAAAUCGUCACCUCUCAGCUGCUCCCUAUAAUUGGACAAGAACAGAGAAAGGAUGAAGACAGAUUGGCUGCUUUACAGAUGCUCAGAGACUCUGUGGGCCGUCAUGUCGUCUGGGUCAGCGGGAGUGUCUUUGAGGUGCUGCAAGCCUUGGCAUUGUUGUGGAAAAGGUACUGCUGUGGGUUAGAGAAGAGAAAAGAAGAACUGAAUGAACGGCUGAAGGUCCUCACAGAGCCUCACCAGCAGCGCGUUCAGGAGAAGAUGUUAGAGGUGAAUGUCCUGUUGGAGGCUCUCAGUCAGGGGGAAAGUGAGGAUGCUUUGCAGAGGUGUCUGCAAAAUACUCUAGAGCAGCUGAAAGACGUGGAGGAAAGCUGCAGACAGUUUGUGACUGAUCAGUGGGAGCUCCUGGACCAGCUCCCUGCACUCCACAUGGAGGAACUCCUCUCCUACAGCAGCAGCAUCAGCUCCUACUUCAGACUAAGCCCCACAUUCAGACCGGAAACCAUGGAAACAUACCAGGAAUCCUCUAUCAGUACAAGAAUAGCAAAACAAGCGAGACAUGAGCCCAUAAGCAGUGAAAAAGAGACAGACCCUGCCCCCAACCCUGAGAAAUGGCUGACUGAGGGGGCGUCCCCACUACUUCAAGUCUGUGACAUAAGCAGCAGUGUCACCUUCACAUCGACAGCGGGCGUGGUCUACACAGGGCCUGCCUUUGUGUGCCCCGCCCCCACCCUGCCUGACUCGAUGCCACACGAAUAUCCUCCAGUGUUUCCUAUGGAGCUGCUGGUGCACACCCUGAGCAGGACCCGGAUUUUGGUCCUUGACCAUGUUGAGCAAAGCUUCAAAGACCUCCCAGGCUUGGUUGAGGCCAUGGUGAAGGAAAGGAAAGAGUCAGUCCGAUUGGAGCAGGAACUCCAGCUGAAAAGUGAAUACAUCAGGACCCACAUUUACGAGCCCCGCCUCGCUGAGCUGCAGCUCCAUCAACAGCAUGUGGACGACCACUGUCAGGACAUGUUGCACAUUUUAGCCUCCUGCAAAGAAGAGUUUCAGGGUCUUCAAAAAUCUCUCCAGGAGGAGAACUUGGAGUUUUUGAAAGUUUUGAACUUGCACAGCAGGGAGCUGCAGGAGCUAAAGGCCUCCAUCCUGAAGGAUGCCCAGGAUGGCCUACACAUGGCGCUCACCAGCUGCAACCGCCUGGACGCUUUUGGGUCCACCCUGCGGUCCUGCCUGGAGCAGCAUGCUGCUGACAUCCAGAGCCGUAAGGAGAACUUCAGACUGUCGAUUCAAAGCAGAAUGGAGGAGGUCAGAAGAAGAACAUCACACCUUCUAAAGUCUUUCAGGAAGUUCCAUGAAGGAGGAAGUUUUGCUCCUAGGGAGGUAGAAAAGCUUCAGGGGAGCCUGCAGAAGAAAACCAGGAAAAUCUCUGCAGCAGAGCAGAAAAUAUACAAGAAACUGAUGGUUUUUGAGCCUGAAAGUUCAGCCCAGGUGAGGAAGGCUUCGACUUCCCUAGAGGACGAGUUUUCUUCCCUGCAAACUGAGGUGAAAUUCAAUGUGAAGGUCCAGGAAAUCAUCAGCAGGACACAAAUUAAGAUCAGGGCUGAGGAGGCCAAAAGCAACCAGCUGCAAUCUGAGUUUAUGAACAACCUGAAGGAACUAAAGACGAUGAUGAAGAAAAAUCCGGUGUCACCAGAACAGAUUUGUUCAUUCAUUUCUUCCACUAAUGAAGGAAUCAAGAAGCAUUGCCUCUACCUGGGUUUUGAUCUGUCCGGGACGCUGAGUCCUGAGUCCAGGACGCCGGUCCAAAGUGGUUCCCUGAAGCUGAGUGGGAUGGAUUUGGACCUGCCAGCUGCUGUCAGGUCUGUAGAGCGACUGAUA